CCAGCAAAAUGAGUGAAUUGGAUCAAUUACGACAGGAGGCGGAACAGUUAAAAAGCCAAAUUAGAGAAGCUCGAAAACAAGCUAAUGACACAACACUUGCCUCCGUGGCAGCUAAUUUGGAACCAAUCGGUCGGAUUCAAAUGAGAACCAGACGGACAUUGCGUGGACAUUUGGCUAAAAUUUAUGCAAUGCAUUGGGCUUCUGAUUCUCGGAAUUUGGUUUCUGCCUCUCAAGAUGGAAAACUUAUUGUUUGGGACUCUUACACUACAAAUAAGGUGCAUGCCAUUCCUCUCCGUUCCAGUUGGGUAAUGACUUGUGCUUAUGCACCUAGUGGAUCAUUUGUCGCUUGUGGUGGUUUAGACAAUAUUUGUAGUAUUUAUUCGUUAAAAACUCGUGAGGGAAAUGUUCGUGUCAGUCGUGAAUUGCCUGGCCAUACAGGAUAUCUCUCUUGUUGCCGUUUUCUAGAUGAUAAUCAAAUUGUUACUUCUUCUGGUGAUAUGACUUGUGCUCUCUGGGAUAUUGAAACAGGCCAACAAUUAACGACAUUUACUGGCCAUACAGGGGAUGUAAUGUCACUUUCUCUUUCUCCAGAUAUGCGUACAUUUAUUUCUGGGGCUUGUGAUGCUUCUGCUAAACUUUGGGAUAUUCGUGAAGGAAUGUGUAAACAAACUUUUCCUGGACACGAAUCUGACAUUAAUGCUGUUUCGUUCUUUCCUAAUGGACAUGCUUUCGCUACUGGCUCAGAUGAUGCUACUUGUCGACUUUUUGACAUUCGAGCAGACCAAGAGUUGGCCAUGUACUCGCAUGACAAUAUAAUUUGCGGAAUUACCAGCGUUGCCUUCUCCAAAUCUGGACGUCUACUCUUUGCUGGUUAUGACGAUUUUAAUUGUAAUGUUUGGGAUUCUAUGCGUCAAGAACGAGCUGGUGUUUUGGCAGGGCACGACAAUCGUGUUUCUUGUUUGGGCGUUACUGAUGAUGGAAUGGCUGUUUGUACUGGUUCCUGGGACAGUUUCUUAAAAAUUUGGAAUUGA